ACUGUGUCAGCCUUCGAUGGCAGGGAAAGAUCGCAUCAUAUUUGUGACCAAAGAAGACCAUGAAACUCCCAGCAAUGCAGAGUUGGUGGCCGAUGACCCCAACGAUCCGUAUGAGGAACACGGCUUGAUACUGCCCAACGGAGACAUUAACUGGAACUGCCCGUGCCUGGGGGGCAUGGCCAGCGGCCCCUGUGGGGAACAGUUCAAAUCGGCCUUCUCCUGCUUCCACUAUAGCACACAGGACAUCAAAGGGUCAGACUGUGUGGACCAGUUCCGGGCCAUGCAGGAAUGCAUGCAGAAGUACCCCGACCUCUAUCCCCAGGACGAGGAGGAGGAGGAGGAGGAGGAGAAGGCAGCGGGACACGGAGAGCCAGCGGCUGCCCCCGAGGCCACUGUGACCAAAGACGGGGUGGACUCCAGCUAAUGCAGGCCCUGAGGCCCCGCGUUCCAGCUUUUCGUCUGCAGGGUGACAUGGACCUUCUGCAGAGAGCCUUUGAGUCACCCACCCUCCAAGAAAGUGUCUUUCUUGUCCUGCUGUGUGCACUGUCAUGUACAAAGUGACUCCUGUCGAUGAUCCGGGUGACCUGGCCCCCUGACACCACGGGGUCCCAGGUAGGUGACUUCUCUGUCACGUUGCCCUGAGCUUUCCCACUGUCACACACUGUGCCGACCGAACCUUCUCAGCAGCCCCUGGUCCCCACCCCGGAAUGUCCCUGUGAGUGAGCUGAUGUGAUGUGAUCCAUUCUGUCCCUGUUAGUAGAUCUUACAAAUCUUUGGGAAAUGAAAUAAAAGCCAAAAAAUACUCUUUCUAUAAAAAUGCCGGCGUGGAGCCAUCCCCAGUAGCAGAUCCAGAUGGCCGGGGCUGGAUUUGGGUGCGUGAGGGGGGACUUCAUCCCUGAUGGAUUCUGGUUCCCGUGUUGGCGUGGAGGUCUCCCACAGUUGGAAGGUGCACACGUGGAUGUGGGUCCCCAGCCUUUGGCUGGUUGUGCUGUGCGGAGCCCUGGCCGGCCUGCUCACACUGGCCCUCACUCUGGUCCGCUGCGGUCUUCUUGACAGGUCAGGACCUACCUGUGGCCAAGAGAGGACGUGGUGUGAAUGAAGUGCUCAAUUAAAAGGAAACGCGAUUCCUA